AUGAAGGUACUAAAUAACAUUAUAUUAACUGGCCGAACCAAAUAUGAACAAAAUGAUGCUACCACACUUAAAUCAUAUUUUGAGAGUUAUGAAACAGUUAUUUUGAUAUUAUUGAUGUAUAAAAUAUUAUCAAAAAUAAAUAUUGCAUCAAAAAUAUUACAGUCUCCUGAAGCUGAUAUUGGAAAGGCUGCAGAUUUGAUAAAAAGUACAUUGCAAAUUAUAGAAGCAAUUCGUAUGAAUAUUGAUAUUUUAAUUGAAGAAGCUAACAAUAAAGCAUUAAAAUGGAAUGUGACACCUCAAUUUUCAAAUAAACGAACAAUAAAAGUAAAACGUUUUUAUGAUGAGCUUUGUCAAGAUCAACGACUUUCACAAGGAUGUCAAUAUUUUAAAAUACAGGUGUUAUAUAGGUGUAUUGAUACUGUUGUUACACAAAUGCAAACACGAUAUGUUGGUCUUAAUGAAAUAAAUNUAAUCCAUCUGAGCUAGCAAGGCAAAUUGAAUCAUUUAAUAUUCUGUUUUCUUCAGAGCUUGAAUCCUGUAAUAGUGUUUUUGAUAUGACUAAAUUAUUGGUUAUUGAGAAUUAUAAUCUAAUUACUAGUUUUCCAGACCUAUUAACAACAUUUUAUUUAUUUCUUACAUUACCAGUAACAGUAGCCAGUGCAGAAAGGUUAUUUUCAAAGCUCAAAUUAAUUAAAAGCUACCUUAGAAAUACUAUGUCUCAAACACGUUUGAGUGGUCUCGCAAUGAUAUCAAUUGAAAAUGAACGCGCCAAAAAGUUGAACAUGUCAGCAUUGAUAAAGUCAUUUGCACAAGAUCGUAGCAGAAAAAAAUUAUUUUAA